CUGGAAGAGAGCAGUUAUAAAACCCUCACCAUGUGAUUCUUGCUUUCUAUUCACGCUACCAUUUGCCAUCUGCUGCUCACCAGAGAUAGGACCUGCAUUGUGCCAUUUGGACCUUCAGCCUCCAAAACUUUUGCUGAAGAUUCUUUAAGAAUCAUCCAAGGUGCCACACUGCAAAAAUGGUUCAGCUGACAGCCACCCCUCUAAGUGCACUUGUUGAUGAGCCAGUGCAUAUCCGAGCCACAGGCCUGACUCCUCUUCAGUUGGUGGUCUUUCAUGCAUCCUUGGAAGAUGAAGUGGGGAAUCUCUUUUAUUCACGGGCCUUCUACAGGGCCAAUGAAGUUGGUGAGAUAGACUUAGAUCAUGCUGCUGCACUUGGAGGUGACUAUAAGGGAGUGCACCCCAUGGGACUCUUCUGGUCACUCAAGCCUCAAAAACUAGUAACAAGACUGCUGAAAAGAGAUGUGAUGACUAGCCCCUUCCGGGUCCAGAUAAAACUCUAUGACAGACAUUUACCAAUAGAAACCAAAACCAGCGAAGCACCAAAGGCCAGCGUGACUUUGGAAAGGUGGUAUGUGGCACCGGGUGUCACACGAAUCCCGGUCCGAGAAGGCCGUCUUCGGGGAACCCUCUUUGUGCCUUCAGGAGAGGGCCGUUUCCCAGGAGUGAUUGACAUGUAUGGCGCUAGCGGUGGGCUGCUUGAGUUCCGAGCCAGUCUCCUGGCCAGUCGUGGAUUUGCCUCCUUGGCUUUGGCUCACUGUGGCUUUGAAGACCUGCCACCCCAGCCAGACAAAGUAGACUUGGAGUAUUUUGAGGAAGCUGCCAACUUCCUCCUGAAGCAUCCUAAGGUCCUUGGCCCAGGCAUUGGGAUAGUCUCUGUGUGCAGAGGAGCAGAGAUUGGACUCUCCAUGGCUAUUCAUCUAAAGCAAGUCACAGCCACUGUACUUAUCAAUGGGCCCAACUUUAUUUUUAGUAUUCCACAUAUAUAUCGUGGUCAGAUCCUUAAGCCCAGACCCCACUCUGUACAAUCAAUAUCCAUCAAUGCCUUAGGUUUUGUAGAGUUUUAUAGUAUUUUCGAUGAAAGUGGGCCUGAGACUAGUCAGUCUUGUCUUCCCAUCGAAAAGGCCAGGGGACCUUUCCUCUUUAUUGUAGGAGAAGAUGAUAAGAAUGUCAAUGGCAAAGUAUUUGCUAAGCAAGCUACAGAACAGCUGAAGAGACAUGGGAAAAACAACUGGACCCUGCUGUCCUACCCUGGGGCAGGCCACAUGAUAGAGCCUCCCUAUUCCCCACUGUGCUGUGUCUCAGGGAUUGCCAAUGUAUGUUCAGCUAUACACUGGGGAGGAGAGGUGGUCCCACAUGCAGCUGCACAGGAACAUUCUUGGAAGGAGAUCCAGAAAUUUCUCAGGAAGCACCUCACGCCAGUGAUACCCAGUCAAAUCUGAGAAGAGAAGGUUUUCAGGGAUACAUGUAUAAAUCUCCUUAUUAGAAACUUCUCUCAAUUUUAACAGAGGAAUGUCUUUUAUCUGUUAUUGUAAGAAGGAAGACAAAAGGAAUGGGCAUAGAAAUGUCCUGAAUUUUGGAAGGGAAAUAUGUUUUCACCUCACCAAGCAUCAGACACUGAGUCAUACAGUUGUAGCUAUGAACCUGGAGCUCUAGCAGCCCUAAAAUAUCAUAAAGCAAUUCUCAAUCAUAGUGAUUCUCAAUCAUAGUGAUUCUCAAUCAUAGCAAUUCUCAAUCAUAGUAAUUCUCAAUGAUAGCAGUUCUCAAGGGGAAACAGUGAAUCACAGAAUUUUCUGGGUUAUACAAUGGACAUGAAGAGAAUCAGAUACUGACAUUUGUCGUUUUCCUAAAACUCAGAUAUACGUAGACCUCUCAUCUCUCUUUGAAAUUAUGCUUGCAGCUCAUGAUUACCUCAUUGUUCUUGGAAAACUAGAACUGCAUUGCCAGUAUUUUAGGGCAAUAUGAAAGCUUUACAGAUGUAAGAUCGCUGAAUCAGCCUACAAACAAUAAUUCAGCAGGAGCCAUGUGUGUGUGUCUAAACAUGUCCAUUUUGGCACUUCCAGCAAUGAGCAUGGAGCAAUCUGAGAAGCACACGAUUGCAGUUUGGGAAGCAGCCACGAUAAUGUGAAUGGUGUCCUUCUAGGAUAGAGGCUUGCACACUUUUUCUAUUAAGGACUAGGUAGUAAAUAUUUUUGACUUCACAGUCUACAAGGUUCCUUUCACUAAAUUUUAUUUAUGGACACCAAAAUGUACAUUUCAUAUAAUGUUUACAUGUCACAAUAUUGUAAUUUUGUUUUUAUUUUUUUCUCUAAGCAUUUCCAAAUAUAGAAGCUAUUCCUAGCCCACUGGCAGCACAACAAUAGACUCCAAUUUCUGUUUGGCUCUCAGUUGCAUAAUCUGAUAGACCUGAGUAUCCAGCAAUUUAAAAGACCUUGUCCAAGGUCAAAUUUGAAGUGUCUUUUCUAAUGGGCAAGUCAUAGCCCAAAUAUUCCUGAACUAUUGAAUCGCAGUCAGUGGAUAAUCAAGGUGAAGAUGAACCAGUAGACAUGUAUUUUAAAUCAUUUGUAGACAGGAUCAGAAGCCAGUGAGGAUUUAGAGUAGUGGAAGUAACAGAAGGACUCUUCAGUUGCAUCUGCCUAAACCCUCUCCUCUGCUUUCUGAUACUCUGUCUGUUUAAAGUAGAGAUAUACUGUGUGGUUGAAAUGGAAUUAAUAGCCUUCCUCCUCUCUUCUAGAACUGAUCACAUUUCACAUACAGUCUUGGUCAAUUAGAACACCUCACUAGAAUGAUUAUGUAAUUGGAUGACUAAUACCUCUGGUACAGUGUUAUGUAAUAGUUGUCAUUGUGAGCAUCAUUUUCUUUUCUCCUUUUGUGGGCUUUAGAAAGAAUGUCUCUGACUGUGAGGUGUGAUGUCAGUGUGUGACCUGUUAUAUAUCCUGCAAUAUAUAAUUUAUGGAAGUUUUUUAAAACCGUGAAUGUCUGAGGAUUUUUCCUAGUACUCUUUUGGGAUCACUAGAAAUGUUUCUAUCGCCUGUCUCUGAAUAUCUAUUAAAAAGAAAAAUGAGUUUUAUAGUCAAUAAUUUUUGCAUUUGUGAAAUAAAAGUCAUUAUGAUGUAUUGUAUUGUUAAUAAUAAAUGAGAUUGAAUUGUCA